AUGGCGGCGCUUAGGCUGGUGAGGAGGUGGGGCGUCCCCCUGGCCACGGCUGCUGGCGUCCCCAUGCUGGUGCCGGUGGUGAGGGCCGAGGCAGGGGAUGCUAAGGAGGAGGCCCCGGCAUCACCACCACCACCACCUACCUCUCGUAUGGUGCGGCCCUCUGAUCUCCCAAUAUAUGAAGAACCGGAGGAUGUGCUGGACUUUGAGUACCAUGGGCGGGAGAGGACAGCACUGGAGGAGGGGGUGGGAGUGGUGCGGCAGCAAGUGGAGGGAGUGCUAGAGGCCACACGCUCCACCAGGGAACGUGCUGUCCACAUCUACGAGACAGGGAAGGCUCACUCCAUGGCAACGGUUGACUACCUGACAGAUGAGGAGAAUAUGUUGCCUCGCGCUGGGGCCAUCACAGUCGGUGGUCUGGCUGGGCUGGUGUUGGGUGCUAGGAAGCGUGGCGGAUUCUUCAAGAAGGUUCUUUACACCUCUACUGGCGUCAUCACUGCGGCCUCUCUGUGCUACCCGCGCCACGCUUACGCCAUCUCGCAGCAGCUGUACAGUGGUGCCAAGACCUACGGAGCCAUUGGUUAUAACUUUGUUGCUGGAGUGAAGCCACAAUCCAAGACACCACCACCACCACCACCACCACCAGCACCUGUAGAGACCCCCAAGGAGGCAGAGAAGGAGGAGGAGGCCAGUGCCAGUGCCAGCGCUGAUACUGCCAAGCCUGAGGGUGCCGAGGUAAGGAGUGCUGUGGUCCUGUCCCUCCCCCCCGGCAAGACCCUGGUUGACACUCUAGCAGAGCAGGCCAGCGAUGUAACUGUCUGGGGCUUUAGACUAACAGACAACAGCACUGCGCCACCCAAACCCCCGGUGCCAGAGGGUUUUGGCAGCAUUGACACUGCCCAGGUGGUGGCAGGGCAGGUGCAGGGCGAGGCUGAGGCACCACAGGAGGUUGUGGAAGGUGUGAAGGAGGUGAUGGAGGGGGCGAAGGAAGGAACUGCAGUAGUGGAAGAGAAGUUGUCUGAGGUGGAGAAGGUAGUGGAAGAAGGAGUGGUUGCUGCAGUAGAGAAAUUGGGUGAACUGGAGGAGGUGGUGGAGGUGGUAAAGGAAGGAGCUGCAGUUGUAAAAGAAAAAUUGAGUGAGGUGGAGGAGAAGGUGGAGAAGGUGAUGGAGGUGGUGGAAGAGGGAGUGGCUGCUAUGGCGGAGAAAGUGAGUGAGGUGGAGGGGGCAGCCUCCAGUGCUGCAGUGGAGGUGUUGACCCCUGUGUUGGGGAAGGAGGAGGCACAGGAGGUGGUGGAGAAGGUGGAGGAGGUGGUGGGGGAGGCAGUGGAGGAAGUGGUGGAGGCUGCUGCUGUGGUGGUGGAGGAGCACGUGGCCCCAGUGGUGGAGGAGGCUGCCUCCCUGGUGGAGGAGGGGGCAACUGUGGUAGGGAAGUUGACAGAGGUGGUGCAGGAAGAGGGGCAGAAGGUGGAGGAGGUCCUGGGUGUGGUGGAGAGGAUGGGCAGUGCAGCGGAGGCAGCGGCGGAGGUGUUCCCUGGUGUCCCUGAGGCAGCGGUGGAGAGGGUGGAGGCUGUGGUGGAGGAGACACAGGCCGUGGUGGAGAGCGUCACCACCACGUCCAGGGAGGUGGAGGGAGUGGCGGAGGAGGUGAAGGAGGAGGCACACAAGGUGGAGGAGGAGGCAGCCCAGGUGAUGGAGAGUGAGGAGAAGAGAAAGGAGGUGGCAGAGGAGUUGGUGGAGUUAGUUGAACAAAUGGUGGAUAAACAAGCAGAUGACACUCCAGCAUCCACUCCAACUGUGGAGGAAGCAAGAACAGAGGUGGACGCUGGCCCUGCGGUAACCCCUGCCCCCCCGCCAGCACCCACCAGGGACAGGGAGGGACUGUUUGACAAGCUGGUGAACUUCCUAGCCAAGUCUCGCAAGGACAGUGCCAAGCAGGUGGAGGCUCCUGCAGAAGUGACAGCUGAGGUGCCAGACAGUGCCAAGCAGGUGGAGGCUGUAAGUGAAGCAGUGGAGAGUGCCAAGGAGGAGAGGGAGGCAGCUGAGGUAACACAAGGUAGCAGUGUGGGUACAGCUGCUGCUGAAGCUGCUGGUGAAGGGCCAGUGAGUGCCACACUGGUGGAGGAGACCCAGGGUGGCACUCAAGUUGAUGCAGAAGUGAAGGAGAUGGAGGGUGUCUCUAAGGUGGAGGAGGUAGUGGAGGUGGUAAAAGAAGGAACUGCAGAUGUCAAAGAAAGAUUGAGUGAGGUGAAGGAGAAAGUGGAACAGGUGGUGGAGGUGGUGGAGGAGGGAGUGGCUGCCAUGGUGGAGAAAGUGGAUGAGGUGGAGGAGGCAGCCUCCAGUGCUGCAGUGAAGGUGCUGAGCCCUGUGUUGGGGAAGGAGGAGGCACAGGAGGUGGUGGAGAAGGUGGAGGAGGUGGUGGGGGAGGCAGUGGAGGAAGUGGUGGAGGCUGCUGCUGUGGUGGUGGAGGAGCACGUGGCCCCAGUGGUGGAGGAGGCUGCCUCCCUGGUGGAGGAGGGGGCAGCUGUGGUGGGGAAGGUGACAGAGGUGGUGCAGGAGGUGGGGCAGAAGGUGGAGGAGGUCCUGGGUGUGGUGGAGAGGGUGGGCAGUGCAGCAGAGGCGGCAGCGGAGGUGUUCCCUGGUGUCCCUGAGGCAGCGGUGGAGAAGGUGGAGGCUGUGGUGGAGGAGACACAGGCCGUGGUGGAGAGCGUCACCACCACAUCCAGGGAGGUGGAGGGAGUGGCAGAGGAGGUGAAGGAGGAGGCACACAAGGUGGAGGAGGAGGCAGCCCAGGUGAUGGAGAGUGAAGAGAAGAGGAAGGAGGUGGCAGAGGAGUUGGUGGAGUUAGUUGAAGCCAAGGAGCAGCAAGUGGUGGAGGAACAAGCAGAUGUCACCCCAGCAUCCACUCCACCUGUUGCUGCACCACCUAGGGAAGAGGUGGAGGGUGCCAGGCUGGGACACACCAAGGAGAGGGAGGGGCUCUUUGACAAGCUGGUGACCUUCUUGUCCAGGCCCAGCAAGGACGCCAGGGACAGUGCCAGGCAGGAGGAGACUGCUGCAGUAGGAGUCGCUGAAGAGAAGACUGAUCGUGAAGUUGCAAGUGGAGUGCCACAGAGUCCUGUGCUGGUGGAAGAGAAGCCCCAGAGUGGCACUGGAGACCACACACUGACAGAGGGGUCUGUGAAGGUGGUGGAAGCAACUAGUAUGGUGGAGGAAGUGGUGGAGGUGGUGAAGGAAGGAGCUGCUGCUGUUGGAGAGAAAUUAGGUGAAGUGGAGGAGAAGGUGGUAGAGGUGGUGGAGGAAGGAGUAGCUGCUGUGGUGGAGAAAGUGAGUGAGGUGGAGGAGGCAGCCUCCAUUGCUGCAGUGGAGGUGCUGACCCCUGUGUUAGGAAAGGAGGAGGCAUGGGAAGUGGUGGAGAAGGUGGAAGAAGCAGUGGAGGCUGCCGCUGUGGUGGUGGAGGAGCAUGUGGCCCCAGUGAUGGAGGAGGCUGCUGGCCUGGUGGAGAAGGUGGUGGAGGAGACACAGGCAGUGGUGGAGAGCAUCAGUGAGACAGCCAGGGAGGUGGAGGGAGUGGUGGAGCAGGUGACACAGGUGGUGGAGGGCAAGGAGGGGGAGGUGGACACCGGCCCUGCAGCGCCCCUCUCCCCACCAGCAGGUGAGAGGGAGGGACUGGUUAACAAGUUGGUGAACCUGUUGUCCAAGCCAAGCAAGGAUACCACUCAGAGUGCCAAGGCUGCUGUGGAAGGCACACCUGAGUUGCCAGAUAGUGCCAGGGAGGUGAAGGCUGCUCCUCAAUUUGUAGGUGAAGCAAUGCAGAGUGGUAAGGAGGUGAAAGGAGUGGCAGAGGAGGUGAAGGAAGACAUGCAGAAGGUGGAGGAGGAAGCAAUACAAGUGGUGGAGAGCAAGGUGGUGGACCUUCCUGAGCCCAAGGAACAGCCAGUGGUGAAAGAACAAGUGGAGAGCACUCCAGCAACCACUCCAGAGGGUCAACCAGAAGUGGAGGCCACCCCUGCGGCACCUCUUGUGCCCCAGGUGGAGGAGAGGGAGGGGCUGCUUGACAAGCUGGUGAGCCUGUUCUCCAAGGAUGCCAGGCAGGAGGAGGCUGCUCCUCACCCUGUAAGUGAAGCAAUAGACACUGCCAGGGAAGUGGAGGCUGUGCCAGAAGUUGUUGCUGAAAUGCCAGACAGUGCCAAGGAGGUGCAGGAGACACAAGUGGAUACAACUCCACCAGCCACUCCUGCCCCAUCAACAGAGGCAGGCACUGCCCCACCAACACCUGUGCAGGAGGCAGCAACAGAGGCAGACACUGCCCCACCAACACCUGUACAGGAGGCAGCAGCAGAGGCAGACACUGCCUCAUCAACACCUGUGCAGGAGGCAGCAACACCUGCUGCCCAACCAACACCUGUGGAGGAGAUAGCAACACUUGCUGCCCCACCAACACCUGUGCAGGAGGCAGCAACAGAGACAGACGCUGCCCCUGCAGCACCUCUCGUGCCUCAGGCAGAGGAGAGGGUGGGACUGUUUGAUAAACUGAUCAGCUUCCUGUCUAAGGACAGCAAGGAUACCACAGCUGCUGAAGUGCCAGACAAUGCCAAGCAAGUGGAGGCUGCUGGUGAAGCAGUAAGUGAAGUAGCAGAGAGUGCCAAGGAGGACCAGGGUGCCGGUGAAGGUGAGGGGGAGUUUGUCAUUGUGUCAUCAAUGGGGGAGGCAACCAAUGUCAUGGAUGUGUUGAAACCCGAUAGUGUUUUGGACAAACUCAGACCCACAGAAUCACUUCAAGAAAACAUGCCUGCUGAAGCUGAAGUGACCCCUGUUACACCUGAAGCUACCAGGACAGCUGAAGAGAAGGAGCAGGUGGUGGAGGAGGUGCCAGGACUGGAGGCAGAGACAAAAGGUGAGGAGGUCCAGGUGACAGAGGAGGAAGGUUUGUUUGACAAGUUGGUUAGGUUAUUUACAAAGGAUGAUGAAAGGCUUGCAUCUAGCAGUGCCACAGUGCCAUCCUUAGAGUCUGCUGCUGCUGCUGCUGGUAGUGCAGAGCCAGUGCCAGGGGAGGGAGAGGAGACGGCUCUCUCUGCAGCACCCGGGGACAUGGACACAACACAGGGCCUGGGUGUCCCUGUGGUGCCUGAGCAGGCAGCACAAAUUCCUGAUGUCUUAAAAGUUCCUUCAGACACACCACAGGUUUCUGACGCCCUACCAGCCCCUCAGGACACAGCACAAGGUCCUCAAGACACAGCACAAGGUCCUGACAUCCCAGCUGGCACUGCAGGCACUGAGCAAGGCGAGACUGAAGGCACUCUUUUGGAGGAGCCAACAUCCGAGUCCCCAGCACUGCCACCCGUCAAGAAGAAGGCCCUGCUUGACAAGCUUUCCAGUCUCUUCCAGAAGGAGGAACCCCAGCCCUCUGAUGCCCCUGUAGCCGAGACACAGGAAUCCCCAGCGAAGCAAGAGGAGGACAUGUCUGGUUCAGCGGUGCAGGAGGCAAGUCCUGCUGCUGGGGAUAGUGCCACAGCACCACCACCAUCACCACCUGAGGGAGGCAGUGGUAGUGGUGAGGGGGAGGCAGCAGACAGUGUUGCUGCAGCAGGAGGGAAGGAAGAGGAGGAGGCUGCCUUGCCCGCAGCAGAGGAGACAGCAGCAGCACAGCCCCAGGUGUCUGCCACUCAGGUACAGUCUUCCUCUGUGGUGGGUGCAGUUGAGGUUUCAGGUGAGGCUGCCAAGGGUGAGACGGCAGCCAUUCCCAGCAUGUCCCAGGGAGUCCAGGGCCAGGCAGAGUCCAGGGAAGCUAGCACACAGACACACAGUGUAGUGCCAGUGGCAGUGACACAGCCCACCACAAACAGUGCCACGGUGAGCCCGGGGGAAGUGAGCCGGCCGCCAGACGGCCCAGUGAGCAUCACCAGUGAGGAAGACACCUUCAUUGUGAGGGCGAGUCCCAACAGGCCAAGCGAGACAGAGGCGCAGGGUGACCACGGCCGGCCCGGAGGCAAGGCAGGGGCAGUGGUGCGGCCUCGAUGGUCUGCGACUGAGGCCGUGGUGGUGGAGGAAGGGAAGGACGUCAUUGUACAGCUGACACCCCAAGGACCAGAGAAGGACUAUGGUCAGAGUAGCCCUGAAGACUCUGACAUGUACACCACCAGGGGAUAAACUCCGGCCAGGUUCAGGUGCUUGACUUGACAUUAGACCCGGAAACAUCCAGUCAACGUCUAGCUGCCCUCAGGAGUCUUCGGUGCCAUCAGCAGGUUAACAGUGCUUUGGAAAUGUGUCUUAUGCCUGCUAUUUUGAAAGGUAUUGGUGUAGAUAGAGACUUGUGUUAAAAGAUUAUAUAAUUCUUUUUUUGUAUUUGAAAAGAUACUGAUAUGUUUAGUGGGGAAGAGAAGGCUGAAAUAUCACAAUUAUCUCUUUGCCUACAGUUUUGGAUGGUACUGUAGUUAGUGUAGUUAGAGACAAGAGAGUUAAAAGAUAUAAUUGUUACUUCAUGUUUGCAUUUGGAAAGGCACUGAUAUGUUUAGUGGGAAGAGAAGGCUGAAAUAUCAUUGUUGUCUCUUCUCUUGUAGUUCAAAAGAUGAUUAAGUAUGAGAGCACUGAAUUAAAAUAUCACAAUUCUCUUCUAUUUCUAUUGUUAUAAGUACAGAAAUGACUGGGAAGUUGAUGGGUAAAUAUAACAGAAUUAAAUUGUGUUACGUUGUGAAGAGAUAGAUUGAAAAGAUAGUGAAAUAAGAACACGUAUGAUGAUAGGUGUUAAGACUUGGUGCGCAUGUUUCUGGGAGUGUUCUGAGUCUUUUCUGGCAUCCGUUGCUUUAUAUAGAAACCCAUAAGCCUUCCCCUCAGUGGUUCAUUGUGUGCAGGAAAAAAGAGACAGUUGUAUAAGGUCUCAAAAUUGUCAAGAUAAAUGUUGUGAUAGUACUGAUAAUGAUGUAGUGAAAUUUUCCAUCAUUGCAUUUAGGAAACAAUGAAGGCUUCAUAUCUGGCCUAAUUAUCCUUUCAUUUUUAUUUAUUUAUUUGAAUGAUUGAUUGAAAAUUUUUUUAUUUUAUUUUUACUUUUUUUCCCUCCACAGUACAAGUUUCCAAUUACUGUGAGGUGUAAAUAGUUGAAGGUUUAUCAGGUUUUGUGGUUUAAAACACUGGUGUUGCGUAUAUUUUGGCUAUGGCUAGUGAAGAUCUGAAGGCAAGUGUUUCCAUCAGCCAGGCCAUUGUAUGUAUUGAGAUGCUGUAUAUAUACCUGUUUAUAAUA